GUUGUUUCAUAUGACGUCAUAGUAUGUUAUUUUAGAACCCUUUGCAUUAUGCCAGAUCACGUGGUUCAUACGUCAAACGAAGCGUAUAUGACGUCACACUACCCAUUCUCCAGUGAACUUGGAGACAUUCUUGAUGAAUCGGUUUGUAGGAAGCAGGAUUUUGAUUGGGCGGGUUCGCAUCAGAGCCAACCAAUCACAACCAAGGUAUCGCUGCCUCCACUGUCUUCUGUGUUCGGGAAUAAAACUGUUUAUGACGUCACUAACCCAAGUUACGUCACGCCACCAUGGCAACCUGUGGUCAUUCAACCGAACCGUGCAAUUACGUCACAAUCACACCACGUCACGAUGAAAAGGAAAAUAUCAAAGAAAAAAAAUGGAAGAGAAAAGGGAAAAACCCCUAAUGUGAACCUAGCGUUCCAGGAGUUACGAACUUUAAUUCCAACGGAUCCUGUUGACCGGAGGUUGUCGAAAGUUGAAACUUUGAGGUUGGCCGUCAGUUAUAUCAACCAUCUAUGUGAAACAUUGAAUUGUGACGUCAUGGUGGAGCAACCGUGCCAGUCACGUGGUAAUGUUUGUACGUUCUGCAUCAGUAGGUCUCGUCACGCUUCGACGGUUCGAUUGUGACAACAGUUGUUAAGCUAUUGUUAGCUGUCACGUGGUUACCUGGCAGUUGCCGAUUAUUACGUCAUAGUAGAUAGCGUCAUAACCACGUGACAGCUGCAAAACAAUCGGCAUGGCUACCCACACCUCAAGAUGCUUAUUGUGACGUACAAUUGUUAUUGUUUUAAUUUAAUUGUAAUCGACGAAUAUCCUUCACACCACUGUGACGUAACAAACAUCAACUAUUUCCAUUUCCACUUCUGUCGAACGUUUGUGACGUCACAAUCCUGUACCCAAACUUUCGCGGUGGAAGCGGUCAAACAUAAUUGUGUUUCUUUGUUUGUUAUCUUCCCGCUCUGUGACGUCAUAAACAUUAUUAUAACCAUCACAAAUAUAAUAUUUAUAUUUAAACCUCUGAUAUUUCCCACUGCUGGCUAGGUGGCGCUGUCUCGUGGUUGUCAAACGGAAACUUACAUCUUUGUAUUUCAACUUUGUGUGAUGACGUCACACCAACGCAUACGUCACGAACGCUAUUAUGACGUAACUCGUUCUGAAUAAUAAAGCAUUGUUUGAA